UCUUGCAGGACUACCAACCAGACUCCCAGAAAUCAUGUUGGUAGGGUCUCAGUCUUUCUCACCUGGAGGACCCAAUGGAAUCAUUAGAAGCCAGUCUUUUGCAGGGUUCAGUGGCCUUCAGGAAAGACGAUCCAGGUGUAACUCCUUCAUUGAAAAUACCUCUGCUGUCAAGAAGCCUCAGGCCAAACUCAAGAAAAUGCACAAUUUAGGACACAAAAACAACAGCACUCCCAAAGAACCUCAACCUAAAAGGGUGGAAGAGGUCUAUAGGGCCUUGAAGCAUGGACUUGAUGAGUAUCUGGAGGUUCACCAGACGGAGCUGGACAAGUUGACAGCUCAGUUAAAAGAUAUGAGAAGAAACUCUCGCCUGGGUGUGCUGUAUGACCUAGACAAGCAAAUUAAAACAAUCGAAAGGUACAUGCGACGCCUGGAGUUUCACAUUAGUAAGGUAGAUGAACUCUAUGAAGCUUAUUGUAUCCAAAGACGCCUCCAGGAUGGAGCCAGCAAAAUGAAGCAAGCCUUUGCCACGUCCCCUGCCAGCAAAGCUGCUCGUGAGAGCCUCUCUGAGAUCAACCGGAGCUACAAAGAGUACACAGAGAACAUGUGCACCAUUGAAGCAGAGCUGGAGAGUCUGCUGGGGGAAUUCUCCAUCAAGAUGAAAGGUCUGGCUGGCUUUGCUCGUCUCUGCCCUGGAGAUCAAUAUGAAAUUUUCAUGAAGUAUGGCCGACAGAGGUGGAAACUGAAAGGCAAAAUAGAAGUCAAUGGCAAACAGAGCUGGGAUGGAGAAGAAAUGGUCUUCCUGCCGCUGAUAGUCGGAUUGAUUUCCAUCAAGGUCACAGAGCUCAAAGGGCUGGCAACGCACCUCCUGGUGGGCAGUGUGACCUGUGAAACCAAAGAGCUGUUUGCAGCUCAUCCUCAGGUGGUGGCUGUUGACAUCAAUGACCUUGGCACCAUCAAACUGAACCUGGAAAUCACCUGGUAUCCAUUCGAUGUGGAGGACAUGACUCCUACUUCGGGCACUGGGAACAAGGCGGCUGCCCUUCAGCGGAGAAUGUCCAUGUACAGCCAGGGCACCCCGGAAACGCCCACCUUCAAAGAUCAUUCUUUCUUUAAAUGGUUGCAUCCUUCACCAGACAAGCCAAGGCGGCUGUCUGUCUUGAGUGCCUUGCAAGACACUUUCUUUGCCAAGCUGCAACGCAGCCGCUCUUUCGGCGACCUGCCCUCCCUCCGGCUGCGCCCCACGGCCGUGCUAGAGUUUUAUUCUAAUCUACCUGAUGACAUCUUUGAGAACGGAAAGGCAGCUGAGGAGAAAACGCCACUAUCCCUCAGCUUCAGCGACCUACCCGAUGGGGACUGCGCCCCACCCUCCAACUCUGUGGCCUCUCCCUCCAAGACUUGCCCAGCUCACCCAGAAAUUACUAUCACCCCUGCGGAGCUCAAUGACAGCAGCCUGUCCUCCCAGAACGAAGGCGCAGAUGACAGCAGCUCAGCAUCUUCCAGAAGCUCCUCUGCAGAAGGCCAGGAGCCAAAGUCAAAUGUGGAGGAACACACAGAACGCAAGGAGAAGGCUGCCUCAACCACUUCUGAGAACCACCAGCCACCCGCAGGUGCUGAGCCUGACCACCUGUUCAUUGAGAAUGAUGUUGCAGAGGCUCUUCUGCAAGCGUCCGAUGAGGCCUCAGAGCUCAAGCCUGUGGAACUGGACACCUUUGAAGGCAACAUCACGAAGCAGCUGGUCAAGAGGCUGACCUCCUCAGAGGUGCCCAUGGUCACGGAACGGCUGCUCUUUGAAGGCUCUGUCAGUGGGGAAUCCGAAGGCUGUAGAUCCUUUCUAGAUGAGAGCUUAGAGGAUGCCUUUAAUGGGCUUUUCCUUGCAUUAGAACCACAUAAAGAGCAAUAUCAAGAAUUUCAGAACCUGAACCAAGAAGUCAUGCAUCUGGAUGACAUUCUGAAAUGCAAGCCACCCGUAAGCCGCAGCAGGUCUUCCAGUUUCAGUCUUACAGUUGAAAGUGCUUUAGAAAGCUUUGAUUUCCUGAAUACCUCUGAUUUUGAUGAGGAGGAGGAGGAUGGUGAGGAGGUUUGUAAUGUUGGAGGAGGUGCUGACUCAGUAUUUUCAGACACUGAGACCGAGAAAAACAGUUAUAGGUCAGCACAUCCAGAAGCCAGGGGGCAUCUUAGUGAAGCACUAACCGAAGACACAGGAGUUGGGACCAGUGUGGCCGGAAGCCCUCUCCCACUGACCACUGGAAAUGAAAGCCUUGACAUCACCAUCGUCAGGCACCUACAGUAUUGCACCCAACUCAUUCAGCAAAUUGUAUUUUCAAGCAAGACUCCAUUUGUUGCAAGAAGUCUUCUAGAAAAGCUUUCUAGGCAGAUCCAAGUGAUGGAGAAACUCGCAGCUGUCAGUGAUGAGAACAUAGGAAACAUCAGUUCUGUUAUCGAAGCCAUACCAGAAUUCCACAAGAAGCUGUCAUUGCUCUCAUUCUGGACCAAGUGCUGCAGCCCCGUUGGUGUCUACCACAGCUCAGCUGACAGAGUGAUUAGGCAGCUGGAGGCCAGCUUUGCCAAGACUGUCGACAAAGAAUAUCCAGGACUCGCAGACUCAGUGUUCCGGACCCUGGUGUCCCAAAUCCUGGACCGGGCUGAGCCUCUCCUUUCCUCCAGCCUCCCCCUAGAAGUCAUCACAGUCUUCCAGUAUCACAGCUACUUUGCCAGCCAUGGUGUGAGUGACCUAGAGAGCUACCUGAUCCAGCUGGCCAAGCAAGUGUCCACGGUUCAGACUCUGCAAUCACUGAGAGAGGACAAACUGCUGCAGGCCAUGACUGAUCUUGGACCUGGCAAACUCCCUGCCCAGCAGGAAGUACUCAGGACACUGGCUCUGCUAUUAACUGAAGACGACGGUGAUGUCCGUGAGGCUGUGACACUUUACUUGGCAGCAGCCUCCAAAAAUGAGCAUUUCAGGGAAAAGGCCUUGCUCUAUUACUGUGAAGCAUUAACAAAGGCAAGCCUCCAGCUCCAGAAGGCAGCUUGCUUGGCCCUGAAAAGUCUUGAGGCUGCUGAAAGUAUCAAAAUGCUGGUGACAUUGUGUCAGUCUGAUAUUGAAGAAAUCAGAAAUGUGGCCUCAGAAACCCUCCUGUCUCUUGGUGAGUAG